CUGACCUAUCACAAUGGCCUCUUCUAUCAGGCUGACAGCCACCGGAUAAUAUACGGCGAGAAAGCCAUCUUGCAUCGUGUUGCCGCCUUGACCCAUUUCUAAUUUAGGACAUCCGGAGAUCUCCUAUCAUAAAUCACAUCAGCGAGGCGCACAAAGAGCAACCUUGAUUUGCCUGUCGCCCCGAUAACGGAUCGGCGUGUAUCCGCCGAAUCUAUUAAGCUCUACACUCUCCACGCAGUGUGCUAAAACCAGCUUCUGGAAUCUGCCCUCUCACAUUCUUAGCUGCCCGGUGAAUUGCUCUUGACAAGGAUCAAGCGUUUCUUGCAUUCGGGAUAGCAAUAAUUGGCAACCACGCACCACCAGACUAGCGCUUGUAAAAACAAGUCCACCGUUCGCACUCUUCAUCCCCUCUCACUAACACCCCCCCCUCUUUGGAAUUUACUUUGGUCGUUAGGCUCAAAAGCAGGUAUUUCACCUCAGUUGUAUCCUGUUUUGGAAGUGUAUAUCACUAGUGCAACUGCCCCCAAUGCCUAUCUUCCGCCAUCUGAGGUCGCGGCUCUCCUCGUCGUCAUCACCUGCAUCUGAAGCAAGAUCGGUGGACACCCACACCUCUUAUCCGACCGACGGAGAAUUUGUUACUGGUUCAACAACACGAAAGCCACGCAUACCCAACGCCGCCCAACCGACAAAAGAACACCAAGCACGACUGGAGCCCGUAUCUAGCUCGGCAUCCCAAGAGCCGUCGUUCUAUUGGCAAAACAUCGACCCGCCAGCGCCCUCUCACAGUUAUCAACGUCUGUCUUCUUACAAUAAUCGACUCUCAAGACGAUCGUCUAAGUGGAGGCCCAUGAUGCUCCCCAACAGCAAUACAGCUGCCAUGAAUAGCGCUCUUCCAGGCUACAACUCCGUGAGCGGCUCCGUCGUAGUGGACUGCAACGGGCUUCCCUACUUUCUGUCUCCUCAGGAGGAGAAGGAAAGGAACUCAAAGCUGCAGCGUGCCGUUCAAGAAAGAAUGAUGGGGCUAAGGCGAGAGACCGAAUUUGCUUGGUCGCAGCCAUGCCACGGUGCUACGCUACCACGAUACUCUCCGCCAAAAGAUACACAGUUACGCUCAUAUACGAAAUGAGAUCAGCGGAAAUAAUUCGAAACGUGGUACGUGCGCGACCAACGUGACACGCCAGUGGCCCUGAAACUGUAUACGUCUUCCUUAGUUUAGGGGGUAUCAGCGGCUGCCUUUUGAGAGUGCUCUCUACACAGUCAACGUGUGAACCAGGUGAAUCCAGUGGAAGGACUCCGGGAUGGUCUCAGAGCCAAUUAUGAUUUAUGACAAUGACGAUGGAAAUGCCAGCGGAACAGGGAAUUGAUUUUGAUAUUAAGCACAGCGUUUACUUUAUGAUAUGGCCAUAGAGCGCCUACCAAUU